AAUACCUCAACAGAACAGCAACUGGUUGGAAUCAAUCAUCAAAUCAGCAAAACAAAAUAUGAAUUGUGAUCGGGAGAGACGAGACUGACAGUUCAGUGGGUGUGGAGUUCCUGUCACUGUUACUCACGCAGAGUCCACAUCUCCACAGUCUGUAAAUACUCCAGAACUACCGCAAUCUUCAUGCAGUCAGCUGAGAUGUAACCUGACUGAGGAAUGGAAUAAACAGUCAACAUACCCUUCUGCUUCAGAACAGUUCCUGGCUAGAGGAGUGAGAAUGGAUCCCAGGGAAGUGGUCUGCUUCUCAUAUAUCAAAGGAAGUUUCUCCUGCCAAACAUUGUAACAGAAAAACAGAGACUGCUUGACUCGAAGAGGUCACGAUGGGUUUUCUCGGUUCCUUCCUGAUAUUUAUCCUGAGUUGUUUUUGGACAAAUGUCUUUUCCCAAAGUUCAGGACACCACUUGUGCCAUGUUGCUGAGAAGAAAGGCAGCAUCCUGAUGGACAUGGCAGCAAAAUCGGCUGAUUACCACUUCAUCCAUAGCCCAGAAUCGGACCGGAUAGCCAUCGACUACAUUGAGGUGGAGCGCAAGAACAACGCAACACCCUUUGACGCUGCUUGGAACAGAGCUUCUGAAGAAUGGAAGUACAGGAAGUCAGAGGUCAGCAUUCCCGAUGGACUGCUGGAGGAGCACGUCAUAGCAGUCCUGUGCUACACAUUAGACCAACCACCUCUCUACAGAUAUUUGAAUCAAGCCAUAAGAAACUUUGGUGUGAGUGAUGAAGUAUAUUCCAAGUGUUUCCAUUACAAAAGUCUGCACUAUCUCCUGUCAGUCACUCUCGGCAUAUUACAGAACAGCACUUGGGGUCUUGCUGAAGGAACAGAGGUCUACAGAGGGAUGGACAGGAAGGUACAGGUCAGCGAGGGAGCAAACAUUCGUUUUGGGCAGUUUGCUUCAACCUCUUUGGACAUAAUGCAGUCCGUUUCAAUCUUCACUGACAGCGAUUCAGACACUAAUACUCUCUUCAACAUCACCACAGUCCAUGGUGUUGCUAUCCAGAACCUCUCCUUCUUCCGCAGAGAAGAGGAGGUGCUCAUCCCACCUUAUGAAGUGUUUAACGUUGUCAAAGUGGUAGACUGGGAAGGUGAUUACGGGGUCUUGGGUACUAACAUCGUCCUUUCUUCCAUCGGGACUCAACAGACAAAGGUGCGGCUGGAGCUGGAUGAUCUCGGACACCUGCAGGUGGUGAGGGUGCUAGAAGCUGUCUCUCCCUGGUGGCUCUCCAUUCUGGUCAUUCUGCUGGUCCUGUUGCUUGCCGCCUGCAUUAUGCUUGUGGUGAGACGGAAGUUCAUUACUGGCUGACUGGGAGCUGUAGUGUCUCAGAGCACAGGCCGUCUCUCAGAGGUCGCUCGAGCCUGCCCACUUCCACUUCCUUCCCAGCUUCAGCAGAGCCAGCUGGUUUCUUUGGACAUCCUGAUCUCAUUCCGUUCCAGAUGCAACGAUCCAGAUAAACAUUACUGAAAAGCAACAAGCAGCAACUUUUAACUUUGAGUAAGGAGACACUGAAGGAGCUAAUAAUCAAAGUUCAGAGUAAAAUUAUUAUCAAAAUAUAUGAUGAUACACAAAGAGAAAAGGGAAUGAUAUAUGUUGACUGACCCAGGGGAAGCACCAGGAUACACAACUCCUUGUAUUCAUGAGACAUAGAACAUGACAAGGCUGUAGGUGGAGCUAAAGACUGGGUUAUGGAUUAAGUGAUAGUUAGAAAUACUGGAGGUGCCCCAUUGGACCUGGUCACGCAGAGCUGCAGCUUGUGCCAAUCAUCAUUCAAUGCAGUUGAUAGUGUCCAUCAGCAAUCACCAAAGCACCAAGAAAAUACCACACAAAAUUGUCCAGCAGCUUCUAGGGAAAAAUACAGAGCUAGGAGCUAGAGAGAGAAUGAACAGAUGGAGCCAGGCAGACCACAUACAAAGGGUGACAGGGACAGAGCCUGGUGCACAGAGAAGACAGAGAGAGCACAAUGGUGCUUAGAUGUUUUGAAAACUUGACUAAGUAAGCAGUUUGUCACAGAGAGUCACCAGAUUCUCACAGUGCAGAAACAUGUCGGUGUUAGUUAUCAAGUACCAACCUAUACGUACUAAUUCCAUUUUCCAACGUUAGAUCCACAGCCCAGUAAGCUUUGACAAUUCAAGCACUUAUUCACAUGCUUCUUAGAACAUAGAACAUACUGUAGUGUAGAGCAUAAAACACAGAGCAGCACAUUGGAGGAAAAGUCCUUUUUUCCCACAAUGUUGUGCUUAACCAAUUAAACUAGAUCAAAUGACAUGCACACAUCUGUGUUCCUCCAUCUCUGCACAUUUAUGUUUGUACCUAGGAGCUUCUUAAAUGUCUCUAUUGUUUCUGUCUCCACCAUAACCCCUGGCAGCACAUUGCAGGCAUUCAUCAUUCUCUGUGAGAUAAAGCUCUUCCUCAGGUCCCCUUUAAAUCUCCUACCCUUCACCCUAAACCUAUUCCCUCUAGUUUAACAUAUUUCAGAAUGGAAAAAGUUUCCUGUUAUCUACAAUAUACUCAAUGAUCACUUUAUUAGUCACACAUGUACACCUGCUUGUUGAUGUGUAAUCAGCCAAUCACACGGCAGCAACUCAAUGCAUAAAAGCAUGCAGACAUGGUCAAGAGGUUCAGUUGUUGUUUAGACCAAACAUCAGGAUAGGGAAGAAAUGUGAUCUAAGUGAAUUAGUCUGUGGAAUGAUUGUUGGUGCCAGACACGGUGGUUUAAAACUGCUGUUCUCCUGGGAUUUUCACAGGCAACAGUCUGUAGAGUUUACAGAGAAUGGUGCAAAGAACAACAAAUAAAAUCCAGUGAGUGGCAGUUCUGUGGGUGAAAAAAACCUGUUAAGGAGAGUAGUUGGAGGAGAAUGGCCAGACUGGUUCAAGCUCUGACAGGAGAGUGACAAUUACUCAAGUAACCAGGCAUUAUUACAGUGGUGUGCAGAAGAGCAUCUCUGAACACUCAGCUGGUCAAACUUUGAAGUGGAUGGACUACAGCAGCAGAAGAACAUGAACCUACACUCAAUGGCCACUUUAUUAGAUACAGGGGGUACCUAAUAAAGUAGCCACUGGUUGUAUUUGUCUGACAAUGUUUUUUAUGUGACUACCAUGUCCCCUCCUCCUUAGCCUCCCCCCUCCGGUGAAAAAAAUACCCAGCCUAUCUGGUCUUUCCUCUUAACUGAAGCACCCCAUUCCAGACAACAUCCUGAUGAAUGUCCUCUGCACUAACUUCAGUUCAAGUUCGAGUUUAAUUGUCAUUCAGUCAUAGACAUGGAUACGGCUAAAUGAAUCAGCAUUUCACCUUGGCCAAGGUGUGAAACACUGUACCAACAGUCACAUUCAUCACACAGCACAUAGCACAUAGAACUUAAGACCAUAAGAUAUUGGAGCAGAAUUAGGCCAUUUGGCCCAUCGAGUCUGCUCUGCCAUUUCAUCAUAGCUAAUCCAUUUCCCUCUCAGCCCCAAUCUCCUGCCUUCUCCCUUUGUCCCUUCAUGCCCUGACCAAUCAAGAAUCAAUUGACCUCUGCUUUAAAUAUACCCAAUAACUUGGUUUCCACAGCUGCCUGUGGCAACAAAUUCCACAGAUUUACCACCCCUUGGCUAAAGAAAUUCCUCCUUAUCUCUGUUCUAAAUGGAUGUCCCUCUAUUCUGAGGAAGUAUCCUCUAGACUUAGACUUCCCCUCUGUAGGAGACAUCCUCUCCACAAUUACUCUAUCGAGGCCUUUCAACAUUCGAUAGGUUUCAAUGAGAUACCCCCUCAUUCUUCUGAAUUCCGGUGAGUACAGACCCAGAGCAAUCAAAUGCUCUUUAUAUGAUAAGCCUUUCAAUCCUGGAAUCAUUUUCGUGAACCUCCUUUAAAACCUCUUCAAUGUCAAUGCAUCCUUUUUUAGAUAAGGGGUCCAAAACUGCUCACAAUAUUCCAUGUGAGGCCUCACCAGUGCUUUAUCCUCAACAUUACAUCCCUGCUUUUACAUUCUAGACCUCUUGAAAUUAAUGCUAAAAUCACAUUUGACUUCCUCACCACCGACUCAACCUGCAAAUCCUUUAGGGAAUCCUGCACGAGAUCUCCCAAGUCCCUUUGCUCCUCAGAUUCUUUAAUUUUCUCUCAAUUUAGAAAUUAGACUAUUCUUUUAUUUCUUCUACCAAAGUGCAUGAUUAUACACUUAAACAACAGGAAUUCUGCAGAUGUUGGAAAUUCAAGCAACGCACAUCAGUGUUGCUAGUGAACGCAGCAG